AUGGGUGCUCGAGAGAUACACAUUGCUGUUCUGGAUACAGACGUUCCAUGCUACCGUGUUUACGCCAAACGAGGAUUGUAUAGUGCCCAAUUCAACACCCUUCUCACUGCGGCCGCAAAUCGAAUCAAUGCCAGUGAUUUUGGAUCUUCCAGAAGCCCUCUCAGCGUGCAUGUGACUGCGUUCGAUACUGUCGGCGGUUCGUACCCGCAUCCCGCGACGCUGCGAGAAAGCCCUUGGUCCUCCGAGGAGAAGAACUCCCCAGGAUUCCAUGGCCCAAUCGACGCAGUCUUGGUCACCGGCGCGGCAGCGGCCGUAUAUGAUGAUCUUCACUGGAUUCCGGGACUGAGAUCCUUCAUUCGAAAAGUGUAUGCCGACUACCCUCUUGUCAAAAUAUUCGGAUCGUGUUUUGGUCACCAACUUAUCGGUGAAGUCCUCCUCGCACGCGACGAAAGCUACACUUCCAAAGAUUCUUCGUUCAAAAUCUCUGUUGAGGCUACAUCCCAAGGCCAUGAAAUCGGCAUAUUCCCCAUCAGCCUGAACCCUUCGUUUGCCUCACGCUUUCCGCCACUGGCUCGCUUAAGUCAAGGGACUCUCAAUAUUCAGGUCAUUCAUGGUGAUGCCGUGAUAUCAUCCCCUGAGGUCCCCUUAUCCAGUGAUACUACAGGCGACAUGCUGCCGGAGCCGUGGCUCAACGUGGGGAGCAGCUUGAAGUGUCCGAUCCAAGGCCUCUAUCUGCCUGGUCGCGUCCUCACCUUGCAAGGACAUCUUGAAUUCGACGCGUUUGCUACUGCCGAGCUAUGUUACCAGUUUGCGGGCCAAUUUGGCUGGUCGAAGGAGGGUUUGGACGCCCAUUUGGAAAAGAUCUGGCGCGCGGUGAAGCCGGACGGGGAGAAUGAUGAUGAUUCGAAGGAAGCAGCCGAGGCGGUGUUGUUGUUUUUCGCCGGCGAGGAUGAGAAAGUGAAGCAUCUGCUGGACAAGAUUCGAACAUAUGAAGAGCAGUUGAACCCUCAGGGCUCAGGGGGUUCGUCGACGGUUUUGAAUUCCCCGGCUGUGGAAUUUGAGACCCCGGGCUCUGCUUCUUCGCCGCGUCCAUCUGCGGCGACUGCAGACAAGGAGGCCCAUCAACGGGUCCCAGAGGGCAUGUCAUAUGCCGGCAACGAUGCUGCAAUAAGCCCUGCAACCGACUUGACCUCUGGGCCAGCAUUUGAGUCUCAAGUCAGAUCCCUCCUUCACAGGUCGCAUCCUAAUGACGUGUUCUAUACUUCAGACCCAAUAUCUCACGAUAGACCUGAUCAAACCCCCCAAUGGACCUCGGUACGAGAGUUGGUUAACGAGAAUUUGGAUGUGACUUUUCCUUCAUUUGAUGAGUCCCAACAUCUUCUUGAGCUGUUCCUUUUCUAUCUUGGCGUGAGCCAGCACUUCUUCGAUCCGAGAUCCUUUUCAGAUGAGCUCAUGAUGUUGUUUCAAAGCACGGAGAGCAGGAAAAAGCAGAUGCGCUCACCUUGGUUCACUGAAUACCUCUUGGUGAUGGCCAUGGCAAAGCUUAUCAAUGUCCGACAUCCAACAUCUCAGCCGCCGGGGUCAGAUUUGUUUGCCGAGGCCCUAAAACGGCUGCCUCCCCUGCAUCAAAUGGGUGGAGAGAGCGUUAUCAUGGUUGAGAUUCUUACACUCAUCACGACGUAUCUACAAUGGUCCGACCACAAACACGACGCCUACCUUUAUAUAGGUGUUGCAUUACGGCUUGCUAUCGCUCUGGGGUGCAAUUUGCGCGAGACUGAGCAAAACUGCCUCCCCUCUCAAAGUGCCCACCGAAUACGACUUUGGUGGACUGUAUAUAUGCUCGAUAGACGUUUAUCGUCAGGACUUGGACUAGCUGCAGGGGCAGAUGAGCGACAACUUUGUAUUGAACUCCCACGACAAGCGGCAGGCUUUCAAUCGCCCGUUGCUCUUGCAAUCAAUGUCCGCAUCGCCCGCGUUACAGAUGACAUUAUGUCCACUCUAUAUGGCAACAAGUCCAUAACGCAAUUAGAGCUUGUUCACAAAAUCCAAGACAGUCUGCAAGAGCUCCAUGAUAUCGCGAGAUCAUUCCCGACGCCGUUGGUUUUGGAUUUCGGGAGGCCGUUGCAAUGGGCCACUCGCACAGGUGCAUCACUGUAUUUGAUGCUAUUCCAAGCCAUCAUUCUCUGUACACGACCAAUCCUUUUGCAGAGGGCCCGACUGGUGGCUGAAAACAAAGAGCCACAACCUUUGGACCAAAUGCCAGAGGUACUAAACCGCUUAUGCGAUACUUGCAACGAAGCUGCUGCAAGGAGUCUUGCCAUUCUCGCAGUACUUCGGCGGCAGCAAACAAUUCCUCGAUAUGGCUUCUUUGACCUCGAUGCAACGUUUUCUGCGGCAUUUGUCUUGGUCAUGAUGGGAUUUUCGGACAAGUCUCAAACCCGGCCAUCUCCAGCACUCUAUCAAGCGCUUGACGUGCUCCAGUUUCUCUCCCAGUCAGGCAAUCUGGCGGCUGAGCGUCGCUUACACGAUAUUACACAGUCAUGCUUACACGUCUGGCCAAACGACGUCUUGAUGAGUGAUUAUUCACAGGCGGAAUCUGGAAUGCGCCAUGAGAAACAGAAAAGCACACCACAAACAGACUCGCAAGACCCAUUGUUGUCUUCGUCGGAGCUUGCUUCGCAAGCUAAUUGGGGCAGCCAUCAAGAUGAAGCUAGAUUGCUCGAGCCCUUAGCCGACAUCAACAUCCCAGAUGCGAUGUUUGACAUGCAAGGGGAAUGGGACUUGGAUCUUUCCGGUGAAGCAGAGGGAAUUUAUUCAAGUUUCCAUCACCCAACAUUGCCUUUGACAGGAGUGGAUUAUAUAGACUGGUUGGAGAUUGAGAAGGUUAUUGGUGCACCUGGACCAUAA